GACACUUGUUGACAAGUAGUGUUGUUGUUGUGAGGCGGCCACGUGACCCUCGUCGCCAUGCUCUCCAGCAAGAAAACUGUAGAGCUCUCCCUCAGGCACCUCAAGGACCCUAAUUUUGGCAAGAUCCCUCAAACUCAGAAUGAGGCUAUUCAGGCACUGGCAGCUCCUCAUGUGGAGUCCUUUAACUUCUUUCUGGAGGAAGGUCUUCAAGCUGCUUCCACAAGGCUUCCUGCAGUGGAGUUUGCUACUCAGAAUGGAAAUAAAAUUUCUCUGAUGUAUACUAAUAUUAAGGUCGGCAAGCCAAGAUUACCAGCGGGUGCUGUAGAAGUUUCGGACUACAAUGUGUACCCUAAAGAAUGUAUUGAGCGCAGAAGCUCAUAUACUGCAUCUGUCACUGCAACAAUUGCAUGGACUCGGGAUGGAGAAGAGAUGCAAUUAAUUGAACAAAGUCUUGGAGAGUUACCAAUUAUGGUUCGAUCGAAGAAUUGUAAUCUAUAUAACAUGAGCCCCAAGCAGCUGGUCAAGCAUGGUGAACUAGUCAAUGAGACUGGAGGCUACUUUAUCAUCAAUGGUGGUCAGCGAGUACUAAGAUUGUUGACAGCAAAUCGUAGAAACUAUCCAAUGGCUAUGAAGAGAGAGACCUGGAAAAAAUUGGCUGCUAGUUUCACAGACAUGGGCAUCAUGAUGCGAUGUGUGCCGGAUGAUCAGGCAUCUUCAAUUAAUGUGCUUCACUAUUUGAGUACAGGAGAAGCCAAGCUUCUCUUUAAGCAAAAGAAAGAGAACUUCAUAAUACCACUUAUAAUGUGUCUAAAGGCCUUAGUGAAUUUGACUGACCAUCAGAUUUACCAGAAACUCAUCAAGGGACGUGAGACCGACAUGUAUUAUUCAGAAAAAAUCAAGAGCAUGAUGUGUCAUCUUCAAUCUAAAGGGCUGUAUACACAUGAUAUGUGCAGAGAAUUUAUUGGAAAAUUUUACCGUUUCAAGCUUAUGGACAUUUUACCAGAAUGGUCCACUGAUGUAGAAAUAUGCGAGUACCUUUUAAACCAGUGUGUGUUGAUUCAUCUCAAGACCAAUUUGGAAAAGUUUGACACGCUCUGCUUGAUGACAAGAAAACUUUACUCAUUUGUUAGUGGAGAGUGCAAGGCAGAAUCUCCCGAUGCAGUCAGCAUGCAGGAGGUUGUUCUCGGUGGCCACACUUACCUGCAGUUGUUGAAGGAGAAGUUGAUGGACAUUUUAGUUUCUAUUAAAGUAUAUGUGAUAAUCAAGAAUAAGAAGGAAGGCCCAAAUUGGGUAGUUGACCCUAGUGAUAUCAAAAGAGCUGCGGGAAGAGGCCGAAGUGUGGGUCAAUUGUUCCAGACAUUCAUUGCCACAGGAACACUGCCUUCAAAGACAAAAUGUGGCCUUAUGCAACAAACAGGUUUGACUGUCAUCUUGGAACACAUAAACAGAAUGCGUGACUUGGCCCAUCUCCGUGCGAUACAUAGAGGUUCCUACUUUGUGGAGACUAAAGUUGUCGAGGCACGUAGAUUGACCGGGGAGGCAUGGGGUUUCAUCUGUCCUGUUCAUACACCUGAUGGGGCACCAUGUGGGCUUUUGAAUCAUUUGACACAGAAUUGUAUUGUUCUCAACCAUACUCCUGCAAGUUCUACAAGUUUAGGCCUAGUACUGGCUAGGCUUGGAAUGACACCCAUUCAUUGCACCCCUCUGGCUCCAUACACCGAGUGCUUAGAGGUGGUGCUGGAUGGCUGCUUAGUUGGCUAUAUCAGAAAAGAUGACUCUGAGGAAUUUACACAACAACUUAGAAUAAUGAAAGCUCAAGAUAAGAUCUUUAAGUAUACUGAAAUAGUGCUCAUAUCAAAGCGCAAGUACAAAGGGCAGUAUCCAGGUCUGUUUCUGGUGACAUCUGUAGCAAGAAUGAUGCGACCAGUGAUAAACCUUACAACGCACACCAUCGAAUACAUUGGCACACUCGAACAACUCUACCUUAAUGUGGCUGUAACUCCAGAAGAUAUAAAAGAAGGGGUUCAUACACAUCUUGAAGUGGGCAAAACAACUAUAUUCAGCAAUAUUGGCAAGUUGGUACCAUUUUCUGAUUGCAACCCAAAUCCUCGAAACAUGUAUCAGUGCCAGAUGGGUAAACAAUCCAUGGGAACACCAAUCCACAACUGGAGGAGUCAGACUUAUGGGAAAAUGUAUCGACUACAGUCUCCACAAGUGCCCCUUGUCAGAAAUGCACACUACGAUGACAUGAACAUGGAAGACUUUUGUAUGGGCUUCAAUGCUGUGGUUGCCAUAAUUUCAUAUACUGGAUAUGAUAUGGAGGAUGCAAUGGUACUGAAUAAGUGUGCAAUGGAACGUGGCCUGGCACAUGGUCAGAUAUACAAGACGGAGUGUGUAGACCUGACAUUGCUUGCGGGAAAGAGCAGAGGACCAGGGGCUUCUGAGACAACUUAUGUUUUUAGAAGAGAUCCAGACAAGCCAAAUCAAAGACCAUUUAUAGAUGCUAAUGGACUUCCUUUUCUUGGAGCACAACUUACUGAAGGAGACCCAUUUUAUUGUGUUUAUGACAUUCAUCAGAAAAGGUACCAAGAAACAGUAUACAAAGGUGAAGACUGCGUUGUGGAUAAAUAUAGUAUCAUGUCUGCUACUCUGAAAGAAGGAGAGUGCCAAAAAGCCCUCAUAACUUUAAGGGUUAAGAGAAAUCCUAUUAUUGGUGACAAAUUUGCUAGUCGUAGUGGUCAGAAGGGCAUUAUGAGUCGGUUAUAUCCUGUCGAAGAUCUGCCUUUUUCUGAACGAGGCAUAAUUCCGGAUAUCAUCUUUAAUCCUCAUGGUAUACCGUCUCGUAUGACAGCAGGGAAGCUGAUAGAACUGGUUGCUGGUAAAUCAGCAGCAGAGUUUGGUAAAUCAUUUGACUCAACACCAUUUGAGUUUUCUGAUGAGAACCCUGCUGUUGAUUAUUUUGGAAAGAUAUUGGAAAAAGGUGGCUUCAAUUAUUAUGGUGAAGAUGUCCUGUACAGUGGUGUAGAUGGACGCAUGAUUGAAGUGGAAAUCUUUGAAGGCAUUAUUUACUACCAACGUUUGCGACACAUGACAGCUGACAAAUGGCAGGUACGGUCCAAAGGUAGUUCUGAUACGUUAACGCGCCAGCCAGUAAAGGGGCGUAAAAGAGGAGGAGCAAUCAGGUUUGGAGAGAUGGAGCGGGAUUGCCUUAUCUCUCACGGUGCGGCUUUUACUCUAAAGGACCGACUUCUUGACUGUUCUGACAUCUCUCUGGAAUGGGUGUGCGAGAAGUGCGGUGGGCUGUUGACUCCGUCAGUGCGGUUGUCGAGAGGAACGCGAUAUUACGGCAAGAAGCAGCCAGUGUGCGUGUUGUGCGGACCAGAGGCUGGUGUCCGCCAGUUGAGCCUUCCCUUCGCCUUCAAGUACCUGGUGGCCGAGCUGGCCAGCGUGGGCAUAAAGACGUGCCUGGGACUCAACACCGCCGAAGACUUCAUCUCAGAGUCCGGUGUCCGACCUCACUGAUCUUAACUCACCGGCAACUGUUGUAAUUUAUUGCCUUCUCGAAUCCCAGAGAAAGUUAGGUCACAGUUAUCUUUUAAAAUGUUAUGUUUUUCAUAGACUUCACAUUUGUGUUUGAAGAUUGCUUUACCAUUGUGAUGAACCACUUGCAUAUAAAGUCUGUUAAUAAAAUUGUAAUUUAU